GGUUUUGGGCUACAUGUAACUUGAAAUAUUUUUGUUUGUACGUUAUAAUUGGAUGUGAAGUGUGUAUGUAGUGGUAUUUAUUUUUAUGUUUGUUGUAUGAAUAAAUUAAUUGUUUAAUUUGAAGUGUUUAAUUAGAAGUGGUUUACAUAGUUGAAGAACAGAUAAGGUCUCCGUUACGUGUUUUAUACCGUCCUCAUUGUAGUAAACAUUCCUUGGUCGCUAGAUUUCGACAGUACGGGAUGCCUCCACAACUUUUAUUACGUUAUAAUCAUGGUGGGCGAAUUUGCAAUUUUACUCCAUCUUGUUCUUUGUUUCAACACUAUCCAGGCAGACUAUCUUAUUCCCGCUUGCAAUAGCCCCAUUUUCUGUCAUGGAGAGCUCCUGGAUACGAUUCAGAGACUGAGACUGUUUCCAGAUUCCAAAACGUUUGUGGACAUGAGCUUACGAGAGUCACCAGAUGCAGUACUAUCAGCAUUCAAUGCCAUACCAAAGCCAAUGGGGGAGGCCCAAGCCAGGAAAUUUGUGGCAGACUAUUUUUCCGGUCCUGGCGAGGAAUUCCAGUCGUGGGAACCGGAAGACUUACCGAGACUGCCGUCUUUUGUGAAUCGCAUUAUGGACCCUGCCCUGAGAGACUAUGCCUGGGAUCUGUGUCGAAUCUGGAGAGACUUGGGGCGCAAGAUCAAAUCAGAUGUUAACCAUCACCAAGAACGCUACUCUCUGGUCUACCUACCUCACCCCUUUAUUGUACCUGGGGGCAGAUUCAGGGAAACUUAUUAUUGGGACACCUACUGGGUGAUAAAGGGUCUAUUAUUGUGUGAAAUGACAGACACCGUGAAAGGCAUGCUGGAAAAUUUUGUAUUAAUGAUUCAAAAAUUUGGUUUGAUUCCGAAUGGAGGUCGGAUUUACUACACACGACGAUCACAGCCCCCAUUUUUUAUUCCAAUGAUGUACGACUACUACAAAGCCACUGGCAAUCUAACCUUCAUACAGAACAACUUACAAGCCAUGGAAACCGAGUACAAGUUCUGGAUGGCUAAUAGAUCAGUCGCCAUUAAUCACAAUGACAUCAUUCACGUGCUGAACAGAUAUGCAUCGCCUGUAAAUUCUCCAAGGCCUGAGUCAUAUGCUGAAGAUUUAGACACCGUUUCCGGGGCUAAUGACACAAUCUCUAAACGCCAGUUGCACAAAGAUAUCGUUUCAGCGGCUGAAUCUGGUUGGGAUUUUUCAUCUCGUUGGUUCUCGCGAGAACCUGGUGCCAAUUUGACCCUUGACACAAUAAGAACAACAAAUAUUCUACCUGUUGAUUUGAACAGCAUCCUUUGUAUGAGUGAACAUAUAUUAUCCGAGUUCUUCAAUCUUACAGGCAAUGAAGAAAAGUCGAAAGAAUACGCAUCUAAAAGAUUAAAGCGAGAGCAGGCAAUGGAUGCUCUACUAUGGAACUCCAACAGGGGAAUAUGGCAGGACUUAAACAUUGCUAAGAAAUCUCACCGUGAUUACUUCUACGCCUCCAAUCUCUUCCCUUUGUUUGCGUCUUGUGUGAGUGGAGACACUCCUCAGAAGGAGGACUCUGUUCUCAGAUAUCUACAGACUUCAGGAGUUUUACACUAUGAUGGAGGAUUUCCAACUUCCCUCGACACGACUGGCCAGCAAUGGGAUUUCCCCAAUGGGUGGCCACCAUUACAACAUGUUGCAAUUUGGGGAAUGCAUCAAAGUCAAAAUAAAGAAAUGAAGAAGGAAGCAUUUUAUCUCGCCAAGAAAUGGAUAAAUAACAACUGGAUAGCUUGGAAUCGCAGCAGAAACAUGUAUGAGAAGUAUUCCACCAUAAAACCGGGAAAAGGAGGUGGAGGAGGCGAAUACAAGGUUCAGGAAGGAUUUGGCUGGUCAAAUGGGGUAAUCCUAGAUAUACUGAAUGAAUACGGAGACAAGUUAUUUAUAGAUCAGACAUUGUCCUGUAAGUCUGAAACAGAUGGCUAUUGCCCUCGUCCCUGUGACAACAAAACAUCAGACGCCCCAACAGGACCAAUACUUUAUUCUGCGAUAUACUAUUUGAUUUACGUCGUUAUUAUUACGUUGUCUUGCUAUCAGAUAUAUGAGUAAAAAUGAAAUGUAUGCAGCGUAGUGUUUUUGAAUCAGCUUAAAUAAAUAAAAUAUAAAUGAAUAUAAAUAUUAUUGAACACUAGAAUGUGUAGUUAAUAUAUAUAUGUAUAUGAGUAAAAUGAAAUGUGUCCAG